ACGAGUAUUAAGUACUCCUAUUGCUAUGUGCUAUCACCUGUCUUUCGCUCUAAUUACAGCAGUCAAUUGUAGGAUCCGUGUUCCAGUGAAAAUCUAAAAAUGUCUGCCGUACUAAAUUGUUAUAGCUACUUCCAAACCUUAUUAUAAACAAACACAGGAUCAACCUGAGUGCUUCAACAUUUAGCUUCCCCUUUCACAACUUGAAUCCACCAUUUCCUCUUCCAAAACCUCAAUGGCCAACAAGUCCAUCAACGAUUUACCUGAAGGAAUGGUCUCCGAAAUACUCGUUCGACUCCCUGUGAAAUCACUGCUCCAAUGCAAGUCCGUCUGCAAACCAUGGCUUUCACUCAUCUCCACCCCUCAUUUCGUCCAAUCUCAACUCCUUCGCGCCAUCAUGGCCUCGAUGAACACACCCACACUGCUCAGUAUCGAGAAACCCCCGCUCACCGAAGAGGAAUUGGCAAGAAAAUUGGCCGAGAUGGACACACAUAUUGUCACAUUGUUUUCUGAUCCCGCUCUUGAGCAACAACAGCAACGUCGACGUCAACUUGUUGACGAGGCGCUUCUUGAUGCCGCAGCCCAAGAUUUGUCCAGCUCUCCGGUACAAUUUCAUCGUCUUGUUAUGCCACGUCUUUUCUCUACACAUUAUAGUAUUAAAAGUGUUUGUAAUGGCAUCCUCUGUUUAGCUAAUUCCUUCGGUAAUGUUGUCUAUCUUUGGAAUCCGUCAAUCAGUAAGUUUAAGAAACUCCCUGCUCCUGAGCCCUACACGUGUACUACUUUGCCGGUUAAAGUAGGGUUUGGUUAUGAUCCUAUCUCCGAUGACUACAAGGUCUUUAGGGUUGUGUCUGAAAAAGAGUUUGAUGUCGAACCAUUAAUUCAGGUUUAUUCGUCGAAUGCUGAUUCGUGGACUAGUGAAUUUAAGGCUCCUAUUCUGAAGAAUGUUGAGUAUUAUGGCAGAACUAAUGUUGUUGUGGAUGGGGUACUGUAUUUUGAUAAUAAUAUGGAUCACUUAAUCUCAUUUGAUUUGCACAAUGAGAGUUUUGGACUAGUUCCUAUCCCUAGCUUGACACGGAUGGGGUCGGAUGUUUUGGAUUUCCAAGGUUCUGUCGCUAUGGUCUUUCAGUCUGGAUUUGAAAUAUAUGAUCUAUGGACGUUAGAUAAUGUUUCUGGAGAUGUGUCUUGGACUAAAAAGUUUAGCAUUGAGGCUCACCCCGAGACUGAAAUAUGGUUAACUAAGUAUUUGGGUGCAGCGCAGUUCUUUGGAAAAAAGUUAUUCGACAGAAGUGUCUUCAUGUUUAAUGUGUUGUAUGACUAUGAGAAGAAAGAAACCAAAAUUUAUAAACAUGAAGAAGAAAAUGUGUGUGCUUUUCUCAAAUACAAAGAAACGCUUGUUUCACUAGAUGGCUUUGAGCAAAUGCAGUAAAAGGGCAACAGGCGGCAUCUGAAUAGUCUCCACCAGAAACAAUCUAGAGAAUACCGUAUGCUGACCAUUAUCAUGCCAAGUGAAGUGUGAUUACGGAAGCAGUUACCACAAUAUAUGUUAGUUUUGUGCUUCAUAUCUAGAGGGAGAACCUGAUGUCCUCGUGAGAUGCAUCUACUAGCUACUAGUACUGCCUAUAUGGCUAUCUAUAGUACUGAAUGGUUACUGAAUGGCUUAUAUGGCUAUCUAUGUUUCAAGUACUGAAUGCAAGCUUCUAAAUCUUAACCUUUGCUAUGCGUGUAUAUGUUGCUU